GUGCCUUAUUCCACCCUAAUCGUCGAAUCCUUCCUCACCUUAUCUCGUCGCCGCCCCGAUUCUUCCUCCUCUCUCACGCCGUUUACUCUCUGCUCUUCUUCUUCUCCUCAUCUUCUCCAACCGGCGCCCCUUUCUCUUCUUCCGCGUCAUCUUCCCUCCUCUGCCGUCGUCUCCUCGUCGCGGAGGUCCUCACCACGCCGAUUGUCACGAGAGCACCGCCGGCAGCAGUCCUUCUCUCCGCGAGCCUCACCAACACCAAGCUCUCUGGGCUAUCAGGCGGCCCGAUCCUCUUCUACUUUUCCCCUUGAGUCUCUGCCCUAGAUGCAGCCGGCGUCAUCGCAUCCGACCACAGUACCUGCAAUUUUGGGCGGCUAGCGUCGCCGCCAUCUCUUUCACCGGCUGCCACUUCUUCCUCUUCCAUCUGCCACCGUCGGAGAGCUGAGUACACAGGAGAGUAGGGUUGUUCUUCCGCGUAUCAGCAGUUGCGAGGGGUUACCACGCGUUGCCCCCUUCAAUUGUGCCGUGGCCAUCCGGUCAGCCACAAGGAGAUCCAUUGCUGCGGUGACCCCAUUUGUGCUUGGAUUUGUGCCACUGUCGUGUAUCGGUGAAUUCUGAGGCGGUGAGGGUUGUUGGACAGAUUUACCAUCGUCGGAAGAGCCACAAACUGCUGAUAAGGGACACGCUUGGUUGAAAAGAUGAAUGUUGGGGUUCAUGAGAUGACUAUGGAGGAUGAAGAAGAUGACUUCAUGCUGUCAAGAAAUUACUUCCUUGCCAAAGAAAUUGGCAGCUCUUCAAGGAAGAAAUCCUCGCAAAAACACGUCGUCGACAUCAAUCAUGUUGACGAACAGGUCCUCCGAAAAGAAGUCUUUGAUAUUCCAGUGAAGCAUGAAAACGAAAUCCAACAUUUAAUCAAAAGUUACAGAAAUUUAUACCCUAAGUGGCUUUUUGAGUUAAGGUGUGGUUUUGGUUUAUUAAUGUAUGGAUUUGGUUCUAAAAAAGCCUUGCUCGAGGAUUUUGCUUCAACAAGCUUAACUGAUUUUGGAGUGGUCGUGAUCAAUGGCUAUCUUCCAUCAAACAAUCUUAAACAAGCCCUGAUAACCCUAGCUGAAGUCCUCUCGGACCAAUUAAAACAUGAAAGGAAGAGCUCUACAAGAAGCAAAUCGAACACUGAACAUACUUUUAGUUCUCUGUCAAUUGAAGAUCUUCUCUCAUUUCUGAACGUGCAACUUCCACAAGACAAUAACUGUUUUGUCUGUGUUAUCAUACACAACAUUGAUGGUCCUUCUUUGAGAGAUCCUGAUUCACAACAGUAUCUUGCGCAAUUAGCAAGCUGUUCUAGAGUCUGUAUGGUUGCAUCGAUUGACCAUGUGAAUGCACCUCUUUUGUGGGACAAGAAGAUGGUGCACACUCAGUUCAAGUGGUCGUGGCAUCACGUCCCAACUUUUGCCCCUUACAAGGCGGAGGGCAAUUUUUUCCCAUUGAUUUUGGCAAAUUAUGGCAAUGCCCAAACCACGAAAACUGCUUUGGUUGUUCUACAGAGUUUGACACCCAAUGCGCAGAGUGUUUUUAAAAUCCUUGCCGAGCAUCAGCUAGCCAAUGAGAAAGAAGGCAUGCCAAACAGCACCUUGUACACCAAGUGCCGCGCGCGAUUCCUGGUUAGCAACCAAGUAACACUGAAUUCCCAUCUAACAGAGUUCAAAGACCAUGAGUUAGUGAAGGCGAGACGGCACUCAGAUGGACAAGAUUGUUUCUACAUUCCUCUACCCUCUGAAGCACUCAGCAAGCUCUUGCAAGAAUUGGCAUAAUCUGAUUUCUCGUGGUCCAGUUGUUAGCGAAGUCAACCGUGUGUUUAUUUUUUGUGCAUUGUUGUGCUCAUUCAAUGUGUUUUAGCAACUCUAGCUGCUCUAGUUCUUUAGUUUCUAUGUUCCUCUAUCCCCUUCUAAGCACUCAGUAAGCUGUUGUAAGGAUUGGCAUGUUUCCCAUAAAUGAUUAGUUUUCAAUUGACUCUUCUUACUAAA